AUGCAAGCAUAAGCAAAUGUUUAUUAGUUUGAAGCUGAGCCAUAAGUAUCUCAUCCAAAAUACAGAGAUUAAGAUUUAUAUGAAGAACUUACAGACCUACCCGAUGAUGAAUCAAAAAUAAAACCAGAUUAUUAUAUUGAUCGACCUGUAUGUGUAACUUAAUAGUCAAGCCAACUCCUGAAUAUAAACCAUUACCUAAGGGAAGAGAUGUAGAAACACAGAUUGAAUCAUAUGAGCCUGAUUUGUUUGAUUAUAUAUUAGAGGUGGAGCCUGUUUUAUAAGUUUUAGUGGGCAAAUCAGUAGAAUAAGCAAGAAUGGAAUUGAUUGAAGAAUUAGAAAGAGAAGAGUUAAGAAUUUAGAAAGCAGCCUUUGAAAAAAAAAGAAAUGCUGAAUUAAUGGUAACUUAGCGAAUGGAAGCAGCUUAUGUUAGAAGAAAAGAAGAAAGAGUAUUUUAUUAUAAUCAAUAUUUACUUAGGAAAGAAGAGUCUUAUAACACAAAUUAUAUUAGGAUUAGAUGAAACUGUCAUAAUAAAAAUUUAUUGCAAGAACUCUAUCUAAAAAUGUAGUCAAAGGAGUCAAUUAUAGAAUUCUAAAAGAUCUUGAAAAUUUAGGAUUAUUGAAAAAUGAUCAUUUAUUAGAGUUAAAAGUACACUCCUUACCAUGGUUGAUAGAAAGAAUUAAAUUAAAUUGUCAAAACAAUUAAAAUUGUCUUGAUAACUUUAAUCAUCUCUUAGAUGAAGUUUAAACUCCAAUUACAUCAUAACAUUCAAGUUUUUAUUAGUAAGAAUAAUAAAGAAGAAAAGCUAUAUUAGAUGAAAGAGAGAGAAUUAGAAUUGAAAUUGAAGAACGCAAAAAGAGAAAAGCUGAAAUUAAAAGAAGAAGAGCAUUAAAAGAAAAAAGAGAAAUUUAAAGAGGAGCAUUUUACAAUCUUACAAUUUCUAAAGCAGAAUCAUUAAAUUCUAUAUUCUAAGCCAAUAUUUAAGAAGGAAUCUCAGAAAUUGGAUAAAAAGGUGUUGUUUUACAUCUAGAUCUAUUUCUAUUAUUAGCUGAAGGAUUAGAUCUAAUUACUGGAGAUUAAUUAGAUUAAAUUGAUGAAUCUAUUAUCUAAACCAUUUGGAUGGAUAUCUUAAUAAAUAAAUGUAAUACAUUCAAUGUAACAGUUAAUUCAUCUCUUUAAUCAAUCAUUUAAGAAGCAUUUGCUAAAAUCGAAGAAGAUUUAUACAUCUUUGAGAAAAAUUCUAAAAAAGCAACCAUAGAUUAAUUGAAAAAUUAAACCCCUUUUUGGUCAUCUUUUGUUUCAUAAUAAUAUGUUCCUAAUAUUAGAAAAAUUAUAUUAAAUAAAUUAUUAGAUGGUUUUUUAGAUAUAUACUUUAAAUCUGUAAAUUAUAAAGAGCCUAAACCCAAAACUGAAGUCAAAAUAAAAACUGAAGAAGCUGAAUAAUAAUAAUAACAAAAUGAUUAACCUCCUCCAUAAUAGACAGAAGAAUAGUAAUAAUAAUAAUAAUAAACUGAUUAAAUUGAAUAGUAACCUGUUGAAGAUGAAUAUCAAAAACCAGAAAUAACAUAGCAUGACUUAGACAUGGUUGAAGCAAAAAAGAAAAUCAAUCUUAUAUUUAAACAACCACAAACUUAAUUUGAGAAUAUAACAGCAGUAGUCAAUUUGCUUGUGCCGUAUUUUGUAGAAGAAUAACCUGAAUAACUGUAAGAUCAAGCCAAUCUGGAUUCAUAAUAAGCAUCACAAUAACAGACUACUGAAUUAUAAUAAUAAGAAUCCUCUGAACCUGUUAAACCUGUUGGAAAAUGGGAUUUUGAUCCUAAAACAAUAGAUAUAUAUGAUGGAGAGUAACCAUUAAUUCAAGAAGGGUAAAGACAAGCUGUGGAUUGUUUAUAUAUAUAUACAUUCUAAGAACAGGUAAUUGUGAAUGAUGAAAGAGCAUUAGAAUUUAGUAGAUUUUAAAUUUAUACUUAUCUGAAAGAAAAGUAAUUAUUCUAUUAAAACUUAGAUUGGAAUCCUUUUUAAAUAUUCCAGAGUUUGAAAUUCUUUAAUUUAAGAAGCUCAAAUAUUCCAAUCUAGUUCCAAUAUAUGAUUUCGAAUUAUGA